UAGACAACCUCUUUUUCCCCGUAAAGGUUGCAGCCGCCCCUACGAUGAAGCCAAUAUUUAACACGCCGGAAAUUAUCAUUCUCGUUUUCCAGUCUUGUGACAAGGUUGAGGAUGGUCUUUCCCUAGCAUCGACAUGCAAGUUCCUUGCAUCAAUUUGGCGCACGCAUACGGCGGCGAUUCUCUACCCUCACCUCAAGGCCAGAACAGCCGGCUUCAACCAAGCACUGUUGGCGGUUCGAGCGACCAACCUGGUGCUCGAUGCUUUCCACGCCAAUGAAUUGCCUCCCCCUCCAGCCCGCCUGCAUGAGCUAGGAGUCCAAGUUCACCCGGACGUUGGUGAGCUCAAGCAGGUACGGGACCUGCAGCAUCUUGCGCGCUGUGUCGAGCACAUGUACACCCGCGGGAACCAUGUCGACCAGAUGCACAGUCCAGAUGAGCCUGAUUGGCUAUCACACGAAGAGCGUAUUCGGAUCGGUCAUCGCUUCCACUGCGCCAUGUACAGGGUCCUCGUCGCCGGUGCAGUCCUAACACGGGCAUAUCUCGAGCCCCUCUUCUUAGCUCCCGUCCAAGGACCCCCAGGCUUCCUCCAUCGCUUGACCGGUCUGAGUUGGGAUGAUGAGCAGGAGCUCGGCGGAUUCAAGCAGGAGGACAUUGAGUACCUGGUGCGGUUUCCCGUCUACGACCUCGAGGCUGGCCAGGAAAAGUGGGAGCCCGCGUUUGGAGACUUGGCGACCUGGCUGCUCGACGACAUCGAGACCACCUUCACGAAGGUUAAGCCCCCAAAAUUCCCACGUAUGCCGAUGGGCGCUGAGGAGCUGGGCCGCGUGCAGGAAGUCACCUUCUUCCUAGCUGCAUAUGAGCACAUCCUGGACAAGCUCUUCAACAAAUACCUUCCCCACCCUGGCAUCGACGAGGAUGCAAGACUCGACAUGACGCCGCCUCCGUUCCCAGGCCGCGUGCGAAAGGUGUCAGUCGCCAUGUUUGGAAUCUUCCGUCCCGAGGAGGUGUCCAUGCCUGAAAGGGUCGAGGAUUCAUCAAGCUGUUUCCUCAUCAACGAGCCUCUCGCACUCAGGGAACAGCCGACACCUACGAGCCAGGAUAGGCAAGUUCCGGACUGCGUGUCUCCGUGGACUGCUGACGUGCGAAUGGUGUUGGACAUCCUGCACGACCAGUCUGGUCGUCCUAAUUUGCGCAAUGGAUAUCCCUCUCCGCCCCCACCCCUCCGGUUUAUCGAGUUUCUUUUGGCCAAGUUCUUCAAGGCCAGGUUCAAGGAUAACUUGUUUGAUGAAGACUCGGUGUAUCACUACUUUCAGGACUACCAACUUGGCUUUUUGUCGAACCCCGAUCUGUUUGGGGACCGCUCUAUCCUGUUCACUACAUGGCUCUUUGCUGACAACAAGGCACCGAGCCUUGGUUAUCGCCGGCUCUAUUGACUGACUCAUUCCCCUGGGUUACAUGUACACGGUAUGACAGCGGUUCCUUGGUGUGCCGAGGUGCCGCGUUGGAGAUAAGCCACAGUGAGGGAAAAGGCUAGAAGGCUAGGGAUAAUCAAUCAUACGAAGCGUUCCAUCUGCUGUUCC